AUGGUAAGUGAUUGAUUCUUUUGCUUUUUCUGUGUUUAGAUUGCUUGGGUACACGUUGUUUUUGCUGUAAUAAAAUGUAUUGUGAAGUUUUUUUCGCUUAAGAAGUAGCGGAUUUACUAACUUUUUGGUAUUUUAUUGUUAAUUAUCACGGGUAACAUUAAGUUUAUGAUAGAUAAUAUCAAAAAAUCUUUGUUGCAAACCUACAUAUGUUUGUUAGGGAUGAAAAAUAAAUAAAUAUUUUUGACAAAGAAAUAAAUAGCGAUGUAGAAAAUGCAACUUGUUUUGUUUUUACUUAAAUUUAUUGGUUGUAAUCUUAGUUUAGUUAUUGUUGCAGCUUCAAGAAAAACUAUAGUAUCUAAUUACUUUUGUUUCAGACGAACACAAGAAGAAGUAGCUUAAAUACGGUUAGAGGAGACGUUGCCUCUUUGCAAAGCAGGCAAUCUGCACUUGAAAUCAAUAUGAUAAAAAUGGCUGACGCUGUGGCAGAUUUGGCGAGGGAACAGAAACGGACGAAUGAUGAAAUUAAGUUGAUGAGGAUGGAAAUAAGGUCGAUGAGGAUGGAAAUAAGGUCGAUGAGGAUGGAACUAAGAAAAAUGAACAACAACGUAAGCAUUUUUAAGUUUAUGCGGUGGGGUUUUUUCGCUGGAAUAGUACAAUGGGAAAGAAUAAUAGUUGCACGUAAAGAAUAUAAUAGACAUUUUUUAAAAAUUUUGGAGUAUUGAAAUUAGUUUUGCAAUACUCAGCCGAAAACGGCCCUAGUUAAAGAAUUAGAUUUUCUGAGUUAAAAAGUUAGGUUUAGAUAUAAACUUCUAUUUUUAUAGGCUUCAUAUAGAAAACGUUUUAUAUAGUUAACACAAAAUGUCGCAUAGUGCCUGUAUGACUUCUGAAAAUUUUUUAUAAAAAAUUUUAUCAUAGAUAAAUCUACGGAUACGUAUAUCUGUUAGUUGUAUUAUCAGUGCAAUCGUUGUAUUGUUCAUUCACUGGAAUUCGUGGAUCUAAAAGUCGUUAUCAUUAAUGAAGUUGGUUUUGGUUUACUUUCUAGUAAACAUUUAGCAAACAUGAAUACUUUUUUACAAAAAAUGGAAGUUGAAUUGUACUAAUUACUACAUUUAUAAUUAGUAUGCUUGAUUUAUCAAAAAGAAAUGUUUACUUAUUGGAGCUGUAACGGAACGCUGAAUGCGAGCUAAUGUUAGGUGAUUCGUCAAGAUACAACAACAACAUGUUUGAUACCUUGUUUUGGCGCAGGUAGCUACUUUGUUAUUGACUUCUUCCACUUUGUUCACUAAAGUCAACAACACAAAAUUAACAUAAUAACAGGUAAGAAUAGGUUUGACCACAUUGGUGUAGUUCUGUAUGGCUUAAUACGUCUGGUCUCGUGCAGUGUUUUGUCUCUUCCAAAUUGCUUGGGCGGUUCUUCUUAUCUUGUUUUCUUUUCUACCAAUUGGCCUCCGUCUGUUAUCUAAUUUAAUAUUCUUUUCUUGGCUAUCUAGACAUUUUUAUUCUUGUGGCAUAAUUCCACUUCUUCUAUGGCUGUCUCCACCGGUUUAUUCGGCUUCUUCCACUGUCUUAUCUUUUUGCUUCUGAAUCUUUAUCUAAUCUUCACACCCGGCAUUGUCAUCUUAUCUUCUUCUGACACGUGCUGCUGAGUUUGAUAUUGUCAGCCUUUUUCCACAACCAAAUUUUUGCACAGUAAAUUAGCGCUGGUUCUAUGCCGAUACUGUGGUGGUAAGCUACCUUUACCUGUACCGGAGAUCUCUGUUUAUUCAUCAGUCAUUGAAGUUCUUGAGAUUUGCAUCUACCACUUGCAAUCCUUCUGUCUAUUUCCACUUUACUUUCACUUAAAACAUGAUUUUUGUUAGGGCCGAGCCCCUCACCAAAAAUUUUAUGUUUAGAUUUGGCUCAAACUUACACUAAUGCAUACUAAUGUACUCAUAAAAGCUUUAAACUAAAAAUUUUACUUUGAGUUAAAGUAUUCUGGUGAACUGUGUUUUGAUUUGUUAUUUUCAAAAAGUUUUCGUCAGAAAAUCUUAAAUUUUUGUUUUUUUCCUAAUAAGUCACGGCUUUUAUUGUCUUGGCUGUAUAUGAUAAUACAAUUGUUUCUACUAAUAAUCACACUUUUCAGAAAUGGAAGGAAGUUUUGGUCCAAGUUUUCGCCAUAAUGGUGAGCGCAGUUGUUAGUUUCCUUGUAGGAAAAGGCCUUGAAGAGCCAUUUAAAGGCCUGGCGACACCAAAAUUCAAUGGAACCAGUUUCGACGAAAACACGUAUGUUCAAUUUUUUAAUUUCAUGAGCCAUUUUUCUAUAAAAAAGUAUGUGAUGUUAAACUAAGAAAAUUUUAUAAUAACUGUAUUUUCAGAAAUGCGGCACUUGCGUUCUGUGGAUUUUUUAUCCUACUUGGGUUAGUAGUUGCUUUGCUUUUCUUCCUCAAGGAACGAAUCCACCAGACCGUAACGGCUUCAUCUGCUCCAGAUCCCCCUUCUAACUGA